UUGUGUUAAUUGACGUUGUCGUCGCUGCGUUUCUUCUUCUUCUCCUUUAACUUCAACAAAGUCAUACCGGCAUCUACUAUUUUUCCUUAGCGCCAAUUCCAUUCAGCUGCCAGUUGCGACAAAGCCGUUAAACGCCAUCAGUCAAAAAGUCUACCUGAAAGCCAGCUAGUUAGCAAGCCAGCUCAGCUUAGACGGCCAGAGCCAACGCCAAGUCAGUCAGUCGAGCAGUUCGCAGCGAAGCGGUCCAUUACCGCUGCCUUAUCGUUAAAACUAGAAAUAUUUUUUCUGCAUUAGAAAAACCCCACUUUGGCAUGGAUCCGUUAACAGUGCUGAUACUUUUGCUAACCGCAUUGACGCUAAUUUGCAUCCACUUGCAUCGCAAGCAGCAAUACUGGGCAGCGCAGGGCAUACCGUUGCUCAAACCAUACCUAUUCUUUUACUAUGGGCGUGGUCGCAUUGGCACCGACUGUCACGCAAUCGAUAUACCCAACGAAGUGUAUCGCCGCUAUCGGGAAACGGGCGUGCCUUUGGCGGGCAUGUUCAUGCUCAGUGAUCCGCUAAUCAUACUACUCGACCUGGAACUUAUCAAGCAUGUGCUGAUCAAGGAUUUUGGCAACUUUAGUUAUCGCGGACUUUAUCAUAAUCUGCGCGAUGAUCCGCUAAUGGGUAACUUGGCCGCCAUUGAUGGGCUUUACUGGAAGCGUCUGCGCGCUAAGCUCACACCUUCCUUUACCACGGGCAAAAUGAAGUUUAUGUAUCCCACGCUCAUUAAAGUGGGCGAACAGUUGUCUAGUGUGGUCGAAAAGCGCCUCUCCGCCGAGGGGGUGAUCGAUGUUAAAGACCUGUCUGCCUGCUACACCACCGAUGUUAUUGCGUCCUCGACACUUGGUAUCGAGUGUGACAGCCUGCAUAAUCCGAAUGAAGAUUUUCGUCUGAUUACCAUGAAAUUUUUCGAGGAAUAUAGUGUGACGCGCGAUUUGAUUAGUCAGCGUUUUCCGCAGCUCGCCAAAAUGCUGCGCUGGACCAACACGCCCAGAACGGUAACAGAUUUCUAUAUAAAAGUUGUGCGCGACAACAUAGCCUAUCGUGAGGAGCAUGGCAUAGUGCGUCAGGACUUUUUACAAAUCAUGAUGGAUCUCAUCAAAACGGAAUCGCUUACCAUGGAAGAGAUUGCAGCGCAAGUGUUUGUUUUUAUCAUUGCGGGAUACGAGACUACUUCGACGACCAUGACAAAUUGUCUGUGGGAGCUGGCGGUGAACGAGGGCAUACAAGAUUUGGUGCGCGAGGAAAUUGUGCGAGUGUUGCAAGAUCACGAUGAUGUACUAACUUAUGAUUGCCUCAAACAGAUGACCUACUUGGAUCAAACGCUGAAAGAAACCCUACGCAAGCAUCCCAUCGCGCCCGCCUUAAAGCGUGUCGCCUACGAAGACUACAAAGUACCUGGCACUAAUUUUACCAUCAAAGCCAACACUACAGUCCUCAUACCAUCCGAAGCCAUACAACAUGAUCCAAGCUAUUACCCCGAUCCAGAUAAAUUCGAUCCGAUGCGCUUCACAGCCGAGGGUAUCGACGCGCGCCACCCGAUGACAUUCCUGCCAUUCGGCGAUGGGCCACGCAACUGCAUUGGUUUGCGCUUCGGACGCAUGCAAGUGCUCAUCGGUUUGGUAAUGCUGCUGCGUAAAUAUCGUUUUAGUGUGGCACCAACUACGCCUAUACCGAUUAUUUACGAUAAAACUAUUUUGUUGCGAGCGCCAAAGGGAAAGGUGGAAUUAAAGUGUGAGAAAAUAAUUGAAGAGAACUAUUUGAGUAAUAUCAGCAAGGGGGCUAGCGAUGAGCAGAAAAAUUUUGUUCUAAGUAUAAGCGAAAAGCGGGAGUUUGAAAUUUUGGGUGACGAGAGAAAUAAAUAAGGGAGGAAGGAUUGGGUUUGGGACUGUGAAAAAAGGUAAUUGCUUUGAAAGUCUUUGUUAGCAGCUAUGGAGUACGCCAGGAAGGGUAUAUAAAUUAGAAAAAAUUUUGGAGUGCAAUUGGGAAGUAGUUUUUUUCAAGCAUACUUUUGACCAAGCAACUCAUUUCUUCCGACUCAGCCGCCAAGCAUUCUAUUUAAAGGCAAUAUUCUAAUUGUUUGUCAUUCCAGGCUAUAGUUUAAGAAUCCUGUAAACAAAUGCUUGGUUCAAAGUUUUUAUUGUUACUGCGACCGCCGAGUCAAGCGCCCCGUCAAAAUGGUUGCGUUGCAAAAGUCUACAAAAUUAUAUGCAAAGCUAAAUUGUUUCGAAGAACGUAAAGCUAAGUAGAAUAAAUAGAGGCAGGUUUUUGAAAUAGUCAGACGCUAAGGCUAUCGUACCUCCGUCAUUCCUUCUGGUGUUUAAAACUCGCCUACCAAAUGUGAAACUAAAGCUUUUGGGAAAAGAAAAUAUUUUAUACAAAAUUUAUAUUAAUAUUGUACAAUACUUACAUAUA